AUGGGAAAGAUAUAUGAUACAUUAAUCAUUGGUUCAGGGGUCAGUGGAUUGUACAGUGCAAAGUUACUAAAAGAGAAGGGAUUCAGAGUAGCUGUACUCGAAGCAGACUCUAUCGUCGGUGGCAGAACUAGACAAAACACAACAUUUACUCAAUGGCCUGUAGAGUUGGGUGGUGAAAUGAUCCAUGGUCAAGAUACUCUCUACUAUGAACUCGCUAAACAAAAUGGUUGGGAAAUAUUUGAAGUAUUUGAAGAAGAUUUAUUUACAUCGAAAAGAAAGAGUACCUAUUUCUACCUUGGAAGGGAAAGAAAGUUGGUUGGGCCAGAUCAAGUUGACAAGGACAUGGAAAAGUUGUUUGGUGAAUUAACCUCUCUAUCAGAGGUACCUAAUCCACCAAAGAAUGAAAACCUAUUACAACAUCUUGUUAGUAGAGGUGUCCCCUUUAGAAUGCUUGGUUUGGCUGAUGCUGUCUAUUCAAAGACUUGGGGUACCAACCUUGAUAGAAUUGGUUUAAAGCAAGCAGGAAUUGAAGAUAAAAAGUAUCACAAGAUACCAAAGAAUUUCAAGUUACAAGGAUCAUCCAAAGUAUUGGUAGAAUGGUUAUCAAAUGGAUUGGAUAUACAUACUAAUAGUAAGGUGGUCAUGAUUGAUUCAUCUAAUCAAGAUUCAUUGACUCGUGUAGAAUUGCAAAAUGGAGAGACUAUUCUUGCUAAAAAGGUUAUUGUCACUGUACCACUUGCCAUUCUUAAGCGUGGUGAUAUCAAGUUUGAACCAUCUCUACCAAAGGAGAAACAAGAGGCUAUUCGUAUCAUGCAAAUGGACGGUGGUAUGAAGAUUAUUGCCAAGUUUAGUCACAAGUUUUGGACACAUACAACCAGAGUAUCUCCAGGCACCAAUGUAGAGUUGGUAUUGUGUGGUGACAGCACCGUACCACAAAUCUGGAUGGAUGGUGCACCAUGUCGUCAUGUUCCCAAGGGAGAGCAACCAGAAUACGUAUGUGUUGGUUUCAUCACUGGCGAUCAAGCCAUCUCCUUUGCUGCAUUGUCAGAGAAACAACAAAUCCGUGUCUUCCUCGAACAGUUGGAUGCAAUGUUUGGUGAUGUCACCAACCAAUUCACACCAGCCUCCAAAUGCUACAUUUCACACAUUGUAUUUGAUUGGCAAAAGCAACCAUUUGUAAGUGGUGCCUAUGCAUUCCCAUGUACCAUUCCAAAAGAUUCUUUUAUUGAUUCUUCUCCAAAUAUCAUUUUAUCAAAUGUAAUUAUACAGAAUAUAUAA